GAUUCCGUGAUUUGAGGCUGCCGGGGCGAGGGUUUUAAGGGACGUGGGCAGUGCGUGCGGAACGCGCGAGUCUUGUUAGCUGUGCAGACGGCCCUGCGUGGCUUUGGAGGUAGUGCUGUGUCGGUGACCCGCUCUUUUCACUGACGAGGAGACCUCUGCGGGGUCGUUCCGCCUCCCGGGCCCUUUAUCUUGUUCAUCGGGAGCGUCACCUUUGAGAAAGGGCGUCUUCAUCGUCAGGGGAAAAGACUAAAGAUUAGAUUGUAAGAGAAGAAAAUAGAAGCCAUGUUUCGAAGACCUGUGUUUCAGGUACUUCAUCAGUUUGUAAGACAUGAAUCUGAAGUAGCUAGCAGUUUGGUUCUUGAAAGAUCUCUGAAUCGUGUGCAGUUACUUGGUCGAGUAGGUCAGGACCCUGUCAUGAGGCAGGUGGAAGGAAAAAACCCAGUCACAAUAUUCUCUCUAGCAACGAAUGAGAUGUGGCGGUCAGGGGAAAAUGAAGCAUACCAAAUGGGCGAUGUCAGCCAAAAGACUACAUGGCACAGAAUUUCAGUAUUCCGACCAGGCCUCCGAGACGUGGCAUAUCAGUAUGUGAAAAAAGGGUCUCGAGUUUACGUGGAAGGGAAAGUAGACUAUGGCGAAUACACGGAUAAAAAUAAUGUGAGACGACAAGCAACCACAAUUAUAGCUGGGUUAUACCCGUGGCAUAUGGAAGUUCGGACCUAUAUCUGCCAGCCUACAAGCAUAGCUCACGACAACACCGGAUCCUUAAUCCACUGAGCAAGGCCAGGGAUCGAACCCACAUCCUCAUGGAUACUAGUUGGGUUUGUUUCUGCUUAGUGACGAUGGGAACUCCUGAUACUUUUCAUUCAUUAACUCUGUGCUGUGCUUUGGACCUUGGGGUCCUGUUUGUCCAGAAGGUGUACCUAUUAACUUUUAGCUUUUCUGCUGUCCUUGUUGUUUGAAAAAAGGGCGGUCUCUCAUAAGAGUUCACUUAAGGCUGUGCAGUCAGAAAGCCUACAUUCGAAUUCCCCACUUUACUCACCAGCUGGGUGACCGACCUCUGGUGAGUUUCUUAACUUUGUCUACCUUGGAUUUUUGUUGUUUUGUUUUUCUCUGAAUAAACCGGGGAUAACAGUAGUCCUGCUUUUAUAGGCCUGCUGUGAAGAAUAUGGUAAAAAAUAGUGUAACUUACUUACACGCACAUGGUAACCGAAUCAAGUGCUCCAUACAUGCUGUUGUUACUGUUGCAGUUACUUUAAAUGAGGUUGUGUUUUAUUGGUUUGUUGUUAAUUUCUUAUGGCUCUUUACAAUUAAUCUGUACCUUUUAAAACUCAGAAGUCACUCAGAGAAGGUGGGCACCUUCUGUAUGCCCUGCACCCAGACAGCCUGGAUCUUGGGGUGAAUAUGACAGGACUCCUGCACUGAGGGGACUCACAGUGUAGGCUGGUGGGGGUUGGGUGGGGAAGAUAAAAGCAGGAGCUCGUGUGAUGUGGUGUGAGGGACACUCGUAAUGGCGGAAACAAAUGGUGGGGAACAGAGGGAAGGAAUAGUUAGGUUACUUUUCAGCAGAGAAACAGCAUGAGCAGAGGUCCAGAAACUUAAAAGUGUGUGAAACACUCAAAGAUACAACAUGAGAAGUGGUUUGAGGCUGGAUCGUAAAGGGCAUUGAAAGCUUGCGGAGGACUUCGGCGGUGAGGAGCCAUGGAAGGUUUUAUAGCAGGGACAUCUAGGAGUUCCUGUUGUGGCGCAGUGGAAACUGGUGUCCAGGAGGAUGCGGAUUCAAUCCCUGGCCUUGCUCAGUGGGUUAAGGAUCUGGCAUUACUGUGAGCUGUGGUGUAGGUUGCAGAUGUGGCUCGGAUUCGGUGUUGCUGUGGCUGUGGUGUAGGCCAGCAGCCAUAGCUCAGAUUCGACCCCUAGCCUGGGUGUGGCCCUAAAAAGCAAAAUAAAUAAAUAAAUAAAACAGGGACAUCUCAUCAGAAUUGUGCUUUAGAAAAAGCAAUGCAGUUGGGUGAAGGGUUAGAAGGAGGAAAGCCUAGAGGCAGUUGGGAAGCUACUAAAGAAGCCUGGAAUGUUAGUAGAGUGGGGAUGCGAGGUGACAUGAGGGGGUUUAGGAUUCAUGUUGACUCAUUCGUUGUGUACUGACUCUAUGCCAGAUCCUGGGCUAGGCUCUGGGUGGGAGAUUCUGAGCACACGUAGCUCCUGCCCAGGCUCUAGUGGUGACAAACAGCUGUUAGUGGUAAGAGUAGAGGCAAUGAGAAGGUAAUUGAGAGCUCUGCUUGGGCAGCUGUGGAGAUGGUGACGUUUUAUUUCUGAGACUAAGAAACAUGGAUGUGGAAGCAGAUAUGCGAAGAGUGAAGAUAAUAAUAAGUUUAGUUUGGGAAGUAGUUUUUUUUUGUUUUUUUAUCUUUUGCCUUUUUUUUUUUUUUUUUUUUAGGGUUGCACCCACAGCCUCUGGAGGUUCCUAGGCCAGGGGUCUAAUCGGAGCUGUUGCUGCCGGCCUCAGCCACAACCACAGCCAUGCCAGAUUCCAGCUGCAUCUAUGAUGUACACCACAGCUCAUUGGCAACGCUGGAUCCUUAACCCACUGAGCGAGGUCAGGGAUCGACCCCGCAACUCAUGUUUCCUAGUCAGAUUUGUUUCUGCUGUGCCACGACGGGAACUCCUGGAAAUAAUUUAAUUGUAGACUUUCUAGCUUAUGUUUGGGAGGGUGAAGGUGAAUGAGUCUGGCAUGCAGGAGAGAAGUUGAGGCGAGAGUGACUUAUUUUUCUGCUGCCAGAUACAAAGCAGAUUUUUUGUGAGAUAACUUUCAGAUGUUGCCAGGAUUCCAGCUUUCUGUUGUGGAAAACCGUAUUGCGGGAAAGAUUUCCAAUUGCCUGCCUGUCUGGGAUUUGUUUUAAUCAGGUAUGGCAUACAUGACAGACAUGGAGACAGCUGUCUUUGAAAGAAGAGUUCAUUGCUUGGCGUUCUCAAGAGGAGUGUGUGCACACACCAUGUAGGACCACUCGGGGAAGCACCCGGGUAGGUCAGGAGGCAGGAGGAGGGGAAAGUGUGGGCAGAGCUUUUAUUGGUGUUUCCACGGGGAAAGAGUAGGUGAGAUAGGAUAGAGGAAAGGUGAGCACGUUUGGGAUUGGACAAUUUGAAUACCUUUCUGCCGCCGGUGGGCCGUGGAGAUGGUCUCUAGGUGUCAGGACCUGGCCCUGAGAUGACUUCAAGGACUGCACUGCAGGAGCCUAAUCAAAGGAGGCUAAUGAGGAGUAUGAACUCAGGAUUCCUUGGUUUACCUGUCAAAGGCAUGCUUAUGGGCAAGUGCUUUACUGUUUCUAGAAAUUAACAUUUGGGGCAGGGGGGCAUGGGACUGUCCGUUACAGAGUCUGCCAGCUCUCAAGAUGUCAAAACGUUGUACAGAAAACAAGAAACGUGGAUUAAUACGUGACCCCAAAUCUCUUAUUCCUUCUACACUUACAGAACACGUACUUUGUUGGGGGUGACAGCUAAAAUACUGCAUUCCUCUUUUCCUUUGCAGUUAAGGACUGCUAAGGGGGUAUAAGCAGAAGUCAUUUGCUGGUGUUUCUAGGAAGGUUCCUUAAAUGAGCUCUCUCUUUGGGGAGGCUCAUCCUGUGUGCUUCUCCAGGCCCUCAUCUGGCUUUUUCUUCUCUGGAAUGUGGACAUUAUCACCGAAUCUCAAAGUAGCCGUCUUGGACCCUGAGAUGAUCUUCAGGAUGGCAGACAGAAGAAGCUGGGAUCUCUGAUGACCAUGGAACCACCUCACCAGUCCUGGACAGUCUACUUCUGGACCUUUGGAGAUACAAAUAAAUUUCUGCCUUGUUUAAGCCA